AAAACUGAUUGUUUUCACCCCGAGAGGAAGGACCUUUGCCGUUCGCACUUGCAGCUGUGAAACGGUUAUAACAUUUCGUUCACAGCUGGUCCGUUUCUUCGCAGCACCUUUCUUGCUCGCCAUGGCUCUGUGCGGGGGUGUUGGAGCCAUGGCUUUGCCCAGCGAGCUUAUCGUCCAUAUAUUCUCCUUUCUGUCCGACCGAGACAAGCUCCGGGCCUCGGCCGUGUGUUCGCGAUGGAGGGAGUGUCUCUUUUACCCCGCGCUGUGGACCGAGCUCAAACUGCGGAUAGGCGAUGGAUGCAAUGGCGGCGGCCCUGGCUCGGAGGAGACCCUACGACUGGAGUUCCUCAUGCGGAAGUUUGGUUCUUAUGUGCGUGAGCUGCAGCUGGAACUCGCACCGAUAGAAAGCUACGUCAGCUCCCUGAACAACGAGCCGUCAGCCGCUCGCACGGACCAGCCUCCUGCUCCCGGCAGCGACCCGCAGGUCCCCAACCGAUGGAAGGACGCCAUGGCCACCUACUUGGACCAGGUGUUGUGUGUGUUCACUGGCAUCCACAACAACAGAAACCUGCAGAAGCUGAGUCUGUACGGAGACACCUGUAUUCUCCAGCAGGAGGGACUGUUGGACAGCCCCAACCGGCACCAAAUUCCCCAGGGGGACAAAAAGAUCAACGAAAUCCAGCAGUUGUUCAUGGAGUUGCUGUCAAACAGCCGGCAGCUCAGAUGGUUGUCCUGCAGUUUCAUGCUGGGCUUGGUGACUCCCUGCUCAUUAGCUUACCUGUCAAAUCGUUCUGCUGAGACCCUGCAGCACCUCAGUUUACUGGAACACCAGUUAGGUCCUCUCAUCUCACCAUCAGAGAUGGACCGGCUCUCAAAUCUUACUUCUUUGGGUCUGGAUUUCUCUGACUUGACAUCUGAGCUUUGUGGUCUGCUGGCAUCACCACGCCGAACUCCGCUGCACCGUCUCUCCUUGCUGCUCAACGGUGCCGCUCUGGAGUUCAAACCACUAGAUGGGACGGCUACAGAGGACAAUUGGAAGGCGCUGGUUCGUGUGAGUGCCAACCUGCGAGUGUACAUCAUGGCCCUGGAGGUUGACAGCUCCGUGCUCCUCAGGGUCCUAAAACCCAGCCUUCCCCUGGAGCGCCUCCACUUGGACAGUUACAGCACUCUGGUGACUGAUGCCACAUUGGAGCUCAUCUCUCAGCAGUAUAACAAAACGCUGACUCACUUCCUGCUCCUGAGGGAUGACCCUGACCUCCCUGACCUCAGUGUCAAUCGCAAUGAAGACCCAUUGGUCCUUUUAGCAUGGCGGUGCACUCGGCUAGCUGUUCUAGUGAUACAUGGUUACACUGUGUGGUCUCACAACUUGGUGGCCAUCUCUCGGCUCAGAGGCUCCAGUCUCCGCGUCCUUGGCGUCUCGGAGGAGAGCAUCGACUUUGACCCUGACCAGUUGGUGUGCAUGGAAGGGGACCCGGGCCAUAACUUGAUCAAGGAGGUCUCGCUGGGCCUGGGACGAGUCUGGCGCCCUUGCCUGGAUUCUAGCCUGAUUUUGCCUGAACCUUCCCAGCACUUCCAUCGCGAGCUGCACACCUUCAGCAUGGGCAUGUAGGCAAGGAUGGCAAUUCCAGGUCUUCACAGCCUAAGGUGUUGUCAAGACCAGGCCAGACCCAAGGAGGCCACAUCAGCUCAGGCCUCUGAACCAGGCCGAAAGAGCCAGACCCAAGUGAGAAACCUAAACUGAAUCUAUAAAGUAAAUUCGUGUGAGCUGGUUUUUGAUUGGGAAUUUAUUUUUAGUUCAUUUGUCUGUGUUUCUUUCAUUGGGUCUUUUAGUACACAAUCAAUGUUUUUCCAGCAGAUUUAAUGUCGGGCAUCUUGUUUAGUUGUUUCACUGACAUCUUAUUUUUUUAUUGAAUAGAUUAAAUUUAAUAAUAAUAAACAAAACUUAAAUAUUCUUAAAGUCCCAUAUUCAGCUUGAAUGAGUCCGACUGAUCUUUUAGCACUGAUCUCUAGCCUCUUGUGUGGCACGGUCCAGUCUGGUCUGGUCUUGCUGACAACUAUAUAGAGCUUGAUGUCUCUUCUUCACUUUAAUAACCUCCAGAGCCUCUGUAUAAUGUUUAUUUGUUUUUUUCUUCUUUUUUAUUUAACUGUUUUCCCCAUCUCUCAUCGCAGUGUAUAAUCUUGAUUUUUCUUCUGUGGGCGUUACCGUGUUGCCUGUAUAGGCUUUGUGUGUAUUUAAAUCUAGAUAUAAUAUUAUUCUGCUCACAGCUAGAACAGGCAGGCUGAGCGAUGAAGAGGUGGGAUUUUGGGGCAAUGUGUGUACUCGGACACAAGCGAAUAGCUGUAGUUUUCUUUUGUUUUGUUUUUUUUGUUUUGUUUUGUUUUUCUAACCCUUUGCCCUUUUGACCAUCUGUCUCCCCCCACUCCAGCAAAGGUUAGAGAUGUUAAACUGAUUGAUCGAUCACAUCUUGUGUAAAGCAACCAUUACUACUUCUCUUGCUUUGAAAGAGCACCUUGUGCGGUUGUCCACUAGUACCAGAGCCUUGCCAGCAAGGUGGGAAUCCCCACAACAAAAUGGCUGACAGUGGCUGGUGCUAAUUAGUUUUAUUGCAGUUGCAGCAACAGCCAUGUCCGUGCCAUGACUCAGAACAUCCCUGUUGAGAGAUAAGUGGUUUUAUUCAGGCCUUUGAGCACCUUGCUGUUGGUGUAAUGGAGAUUAUUGUUACAUACUUGCCACCAAUACACUGAACCCCGUGCUCACUUCUCAACAUGUUUGAAAAAAAACGCUGCUAGUUGACUGAAAAGGGAGCCUCGUCCCCUAACUGACAUUCAGAGCCAAACUAUGAAUAUUCAGCCUGUUACAGUACAAUACACUCCUACUGUGUUCUCGUCUGACCUCUGGUGAGCUGGUCAUAACUUAUUGCAUCUUUUUUUUUUCCUGUAAUCAGCAGAAAUAUCGCUGCUUUGUUCUCCUCAAGUGUUCUAGCCGGUAUCACAGGUGGUUCCAGAGGCCCUUUGUAUGAAAGUGUCCCAAGUCAUCAAGUCAAAUCAAGAAAAGUUCAGGGAUGUGUGUGAAAAUACAAAGGACUCUGAGGUCAAAUAUACCUUUAAGCAGGUCUUUAUUAUUUUUGAAGAGAGCGGAAAUGGCGAAUCAUUCCAUGAUGACAUACGUACAGUAUAUCUGUGUUUUGAGAUACCUCUGCGACUACUUUCAAAGGCCAUGCUCGAACAACACCAGUAGCCUGUAUGCACCACUUCCAAAGGUGGCAGAAGCCAGCAUCAAUUUAUGUAGGAAAACCGCGGUGGAGUUCAUGAUUAAGAAACAGGGAAACGAAAGAAAGAGAAACACUGAAUGUAACUUUACUUUCAUUUAAGAUGGCCAGUUGUCUUUUUUUAAGGGGCUUACUGAUUAUUUGCAUUUGCCACAGGAAGAUGUGUCUUGCCACAAUAGUCAACAGUGAGUUUUCAUAUUGGCCUCACUGAUAGCCAAGACGUCAUCUUUGUUUUUCUUGAUCGUCGACACCCGCAGCACAAUGUUGUUUUGUGGCAAAGCAUCUUCACUCUCUCCAGUCUCAGGAAGGCUUUUAACAUCACUGCGUCGUUAUGGUGAUAACGUGGCAUGGGUGUGUCAAACAAUCGGUAUAAGGAAUUGUCUUUUUUCUUUUCUUUUUUUGAGUCACAGUUGCCUUGGAAACAGCCCCCUUGCUUUCUGGAUACAGUUGUUGUUGUUGGUGGUGUUGUUGUUUCUCCUUGCCAUCUGAUGAACUCUCACUCCACCUUGGUCUGAGGGUCAGCAAACCUAAUCAUACAUUUGUUUUCCAAGAUUAAGUUUGAUGAAGGCAGACGGAGGGCAAAAUAUCUGCUCAUUGCACGCUUUACAUCUCCAGGAGAUGAAGCAGUAGGAGAUGGAGGCCAUGCUGGGCCAAAGAAAUGUCUGGGCUUAAUGUAGUCAAUAUUCUGGGUGAUAUCAUUUCUGUCUGGCAACAUUUGAUCUCGUCUGACUGUGCAACUGGCUUGUUCAUCAGGCAUUUAAUAGCAAGCGCGAAAGACUGACUUUGACAGGAUCAUAGUCUCUUUUUAUUGUCCAGUUCUGUUUAUAAUCACUGAGUGAAUGCCUUUGCUCCAACAAUGUGGACAAAUGAUCCUGAGCCACAGGCUGAAUAUGGAGCUGGAAGUGGAACCAGUAUGAUUCCAUCGGAUGCUCCAGUGUUGUGACAGCUGUGCUGCACUGGUGUGUUAUUGAAAAUGUUUCCUGUGCGGGGUUCAGGGGCCCACCUGCCUUUCAUGAGUGAAUGCUGUCAGGAAGGUUACCCUCUCACAUGACUUACAGCUCCGUUCAGUGUGAAGUUGGUGCAGUGGCAUCGUAGACUGUGAAGGUCCAUAUCAAGGCCGCUUU